AGCUCUUGAGGGGAAAAGCUGGGGGGCAGGGAGAAAGAGAGGUCUGGCUGGAUAAGGUGACAGCCGCGGGGUGGGGGGCGCCCGCGGUGUCCUUCCCCCUGCCCCUCGCCCGCGGGAGUGCCUGGGUCCUUCGGCCGCCCCUCUCCUCUGCCUCCGCCCCCCACAACCUGCAGCUUUCGCUUUCCCGUGGGGCGAGGGGCCGUUGGGCCUGCUGCCGCCUCCCCCUUCACGCCAUCCUCCCGCCUCACCCGGAACAGGCCAGGAGCGUCUCCGGUGAAAGUCGAGAACCUGGACCCCCUCGGCGCUCGGGCCUGGAGCCUCCAGUCUGGGGGGAUUCUCCUCCCCUUUCCCGCACCUGCGCGCCUUAAUUCUGCCCCACAGGCAAUAAAAGGAUUCUGAUGGCAGCACUGUUCUGAAAUUCAGUUUUGCUGGAUGCCAUUAUGGAUGAGCAGCAAGCUUUGAAUUCAAUCAUGCAGGAUUUGGCACUCCUUCAUAAGGCAAGUCGUCCUGCUUUGCCACUUCAAGAAAUGGGAAAGGGAAAAUUAACUUCACCCAAAAAACAGAAUGAUGUACGAGUCAAAUUUGAACAUCGAGGAGAAAAAAGAAUCCUACAGUUUUCUAGACCUAUCAAGCUAGAAGAUCUUGCAUCAAAAGCUAAAGUUGCCUUUGGACAGCCCAUGAAUUUGUAUUACAGCAAUAAUGAGCUGGUAAUUCCAUUAGCUGUCCAGGAUGAUCUGGACAAAGCUGUGGAGCUCCUUGAUCGCAGCGUUCACAUGAAGAGCCUCAAGAUACUACUUGUAGCUCAUGGAAACACACAGAAUAACAUGGAUCCCUUGUCCUCAUUGGAAGAUUUGGAUAAUACAGUUUUCAGAGUAACAGAAAAGAAAAACAGGAAUUCUGUAAUAGGCUAUACUCGUGACAGCAGCUCUCCUCCUCCAGGAUACAUUCCAGAUGAUCAUGUGGCACGGAAUGGAUCAUUCACUAGUAUCAAUAGUGAGGGCGAGUUCAUUCCAGAAAAAGACUUAAUGCUGGAUCCAUUAUCACUGAGUAGCCCUGAAAAUUCUGGUUCAGGAAGUUGUCCUUCACUUGACAGCCCUUUAGAUGGAGAGAACUACCCUAAAUCCCGGAUGCCAAGAGCUCAGAGCUAUCCUGAUAACCAUCAAGAAUUCUCUGAUUAUGACCUCCCAAUAUUUGAAAAGUUUGUCAAAGGUGGAACUUAUCCUCGGUAUCAUAUUUCGUACCAGCAUCAAGAAUACAAUGAUGGUCGCAAAACUUUUCCAAGGGUUAGAAGGACCCAAGGAAACUGCUUACGCUCUCCAGUUAGUUUCAGCCCAACCGAUUAUUCAUUGAGCACAAGCAGUGGGAGCAGCAUUUUCACUCCAGAAUAUGAAGAUGGACGAAUGCGGAGAAGAGGAAGUGAUAUAGAAAAUCCUACUUUGACAGUAAUGGACAUCAGCCCUCCUAGCCGCUCCCCACGUGCUCCAACUAAUUGGGUACUUGGUAAACCUCUUGGCCAGGGUGCAUUUGGUAGAGUUUAUCUGUGCUAUGAUGCAGACACAGGACGAGAACUAGCUGUUAAACAAGUUGAGUUUGAUCCUGACAGCCCAGAGACGAGUAAGGAAGUAAAUGCCCUUGAAUGUGAGAUUCAGCUUCUGAAAAAUCUGCUACAUGAAAGAAUUGUUCAGUAUUAUGGCUGCUUAAGGGACCAUCCUGAAGGAACGCUUUCUAUAUUCAUGGAAUAUAUGCCAGGGGGCUCAAUUAAAGACCAGUUGAAGGCAUAUGGUGCUCUCACAGAGAAUGUGACUCGGAAGUAUACCCGCCAGAUCCUGGAAGGAGUUCACUAUUUGCACAGUAACAUGAUUGUACAUAGAGAUAUUAAAGGAGCAAAUAUUCUCCGUGACUCUGCAGGCAAUGUUAAGUUGGGUGAUUUUGGUGCCAGCAAGCGGCUUCAAACAAUUUGCCUAUCUGGUACGGGAAUGAAGUCUGCCACAGGAACUCCCUACUGGAUGAGUCCAGAAGUGAUUAGUGGGGAAGGAUAUGGGAGAAAAGCGGAUAUUUGGAGUGUAGGUUGCACAGUUGUUGAAAUGCUCACUGAGAAGCCACCCUGGGCAGAAUUUGAAGCAAUGGCUGCCAUCUUUAAAAUUGCCACACAGCCAACCAAUCCCCAGCUGCCACCUCACGUCUCAGACCAUGGUCGGGAUUUUCUAAAGCGGAUAUUUACUGAGGCUAAGUUGCGACCAUCUGCAGAUGAACUGCUGAGACAUACAUUUGCACAUUAUCACUGAUGGCCUGCCUCAAUCCCUCUCACCUACUGCAUUUUUACUGCACUUUUUUUUAUACAGAGUUGAAAAAAGACAAGGGAGAAGUUAUUUCUCUUGAUCCUUUCUUUCAUAUAAAAUUGUUAAGAUCUCUGCAUAUUUAGAAUGCAGACUUUUUCCCAUUUAGAAUCUCCUUUGUUUCAGUGAUGUACUGAUGUGGUUUGCAUAAAGCACUUUAGUACAUAUUCAUUCCUUAUUUAAGGGGGUAAAGAACUUCUUUGGACCAUCAGGAAUCGUGUGUAAGGUUCUCCCCACCCCUACUCCCUGGCAAGUACUGCUAAUUAACUCCCAAAGCAGGGAAGGUAUAUCUGUCACUAGCAGAUAACAGAAAAACAGUGAUCCAGUGGUUGCAGUGUAUAAAUAGAUAACAAAGAACUCUAAAUUAUAUUUCAGUUUUGAAAUAAGUUUCAUCUGUGAUUCUGGAAACUCAUUUAGAAGCUAGAAUCUCAGGUUGCUGAGCAAAAUACAUUUUGGAAAAUAAACCAUCAUAUUACCACAACUUAAACCAAAUAAGUGUUUUCUGCUUUGAAGAUAAGAGGCCUGUUGUCUAAUAGUGCUAGUGCAUUAAUGUUGUACAUCCAGAAUCAUAGAUAAACAGAUUACUGUAGUAUCAGACUUCUCUAAAAUUAAAAGAUGUCCACAUAUCAUGCAACAAACUGAUUUUCAGGGUUGGAGACCAGAGUUGAUCUGUGAGGAGUCUCUAAUGGCUAGGAUGAAGAUUAUUUCAUUCUUCAUAAUUCCCUGUUCCAGAUUCUUUCUUCUGUCCCAACUAAUCUCCUGACUCCCUAAAAUAUUUUAUAAGAUCCAGCUUUUUUUUUUUCUACUGUGAGCUUCAUCGUAAAGCACUUACGGUAGAAUGGGUAGUAGUGUCAAAAAUAUAGUUAGUCCUUCUGUUCCUGCUAAACUGAAUUCUGUGUCUGAGAUGCAUAUUUAUUUAUUACUCAAACCUCGUUUGCAUAAUCUGACUAACUUGCAUCAUGUUGACCAUGUAGAAUUUAACUUUGUGGGUUGCAGAUGCCUUAUUAAUAUGCAUUGGAAAAGCAAACUUGGUAGAAUAAGAUCUGGAAACUCCCAAGUGUAUCUAUAUCAUAUAAUUCAGUUACAGCUGAAGAAGGAGAAGGAAUAAUAACGAAAGAAGAAUGAGAGCAAAUUAUUCCCAUAUAAUCCAUUGCACGUAGCAGACCUUCGGACAGAUUCUGUAGCAGAUAAUGAAGACCAUUAAUAUUUGGAUGGUUUUGCCAUGAGGAAGAGGUAUACUUGAAAUGGUGCAAUAUUCACACAGCUGUGAUCAUGUUGAUUCCCCGUUGAUCAUGUGAAAAUAGUCAUACAUUUGCAGAAAAACAUGCACCUGGCAUAUGAUCCUGUAUGUGAGCACAGCCAUUCUAUUUCAGUGAUUAUAAUUACAAAAUGAAACAGAAAUGUUGCAGACUAUAGCAACCAUGAAGUUGAGCAUUUGGCUUAUGCAGAAAGAAUUUUGAAUGCAAGCAUCUGUCCAAGCAAGCGUGUUUAUUGUAAUAAUAAUUUUUGAAAGAAUAGUGAAUUUCCCAGUGUUCAUUUGGAAAACAAAUUCUCUUCAGUGAAAGAAAUCUAAGAAGCAGCCCUUACAAUACCGUUCUAACAUAUGCUGCAGGUUACUAACUGUGAAGAUAAGUAAUACCUAAGCCACAGCAUGUUAUGAGAGAGGCUGGAGCCAGGGUCUUUGUCAGGCUGCCCAGUGUAAAGUCAGCAACUGCUUUGGGUACACUGUGCCAUUUCUGGUAGAUGGAUAGCAGUUGAAGCCAAAUGGAAAUCUUGGGGGGGGGGAAUCCCUAAAAAAAUAUCCCCCAGAGAACAGUAUUUUGUCACAGCCCAGGAGAACAUAGCUAGACAAUUUGAUGGCAGAUUCACAAACGUUCACAUUCUAGAGCUGAAAAAGUAGGGUUGGAUAGAAGGUUCAUUUCUAUGUGUGUGGCUCCUGUUCUUGAUGACACGUUUAAUGCAAAAUCACAAUGAAAUCAGAAUGUGGAACAGAAGCUUGCUUUUAUUGUUAAUUUGGGCUUAACAAUGUGCAUAAUAUUACGUGGUUAGUGCCAUGGCAAGGAAUGUGGAACGACAGUAGAUUAAAUGUAUUCCUUUGAGAGGAGCCAGUGUGGGGAGGAUAAGCCUAGAUUCCUGCCUUGGGGAGGUGGUUGGACGAUCUCCCAGGUCUCUUCCUCUUUUCCAUGAGUCUUAUUUCUGACUCCUCUCUCCAUUAACAUUUUACCAUAUUCUACCUGACCUUGUUCUUGAGGAUUCCUUGUUUUGAAGGUCUAUUUUUGAGGGGACAUAAGGGCUGCAGCCCAAGAAGAGAGUGGGAAAGUCUUCCCUUUGUGAACAGAGCACCACUUGGUUGUUGUCUUGGUUUACCUGACAAGGCUAUAAUCCCAGGUGUAAAAGGUCAAAUUGUAGGGUAGUUUACGAUAAGUAGAGAAUAUCGGCCUAGUAUCAAAGUCCUUUUAAAUUAUACAGGGUAAAUGUUAAAGCUUUCAUUGAAGUACUUGACUUUUUUUUUGUUUUGGUCCUUACUUCCUUUGUUUUGUUGGUUUUAAAUUUUGCUGUAUUCUGCUUAGAGAAGAUUUAUUCUAAAAGACAUCUUUAAAAAGAAAUGAUGUAUUUUGUUUCAUAUUCUGCCCCUUUUCCCUCCUGUGGGUGGGCAUCACACAUUACAUUAGAUUAAAGUGGGUUAGGGAUGGAUUGUAGCUUCCAUCUAAAUAUUUCUGUACUUACCUUUUCCCCUAGGAAUAAAUCAUCAAAGAUUAUUCCAUUCUGAAAGUAAGUUUACAACUUAAGGGGAAAAGGAGACUUAGUAUAAUGAGCCAAAGUAUUCCUCGUGCCAUAGCAAAUUAAAACAUUGCACGUACUCAGUCUCUCAUCAUUCCAAACAAUUUAGAGCCAUAGUCUCUUUGAUGUCUUAGGACAAUGAACAUUGAAGACACGCAAGCAAGCGAGCAAAGCUGAGAUUUCAAAGCUACUGGGAUCUUAGCAGCAUUUUUAUCUUGAAAGUGCAAACUUUUCACAUCUCAAAUGAGAAUGUACAUAGCAAAACUAUUACAUUUAUUUGGGAAUAGGUGGGGAAUUACAUAAAUGCUCUCUGGUUUAGUACAGUUUUUUUUCUUCCCUUAACUAAACAAGAAGUAAACACAAAAAAGUUAGUAAAGUUCUCCCAGAAGGUUUCAUUGUGAUGUACAUAUUCAAAUAUAAAUGAUUGAGGGAUGAUUUGUAUUACUGAGAGUUACCAGUCUGCUAUGGGAGACAAAUUAGAAUUACUUUCUUAAGACACUUACUGGCUCUGUAUUCUGAGAAAGCUCAGAAAUGGGGUGGUGUCAAUCAUGGGAAUAUUCAGAGUCAACUUGUUUAGAAUUAUCCCAUUUUCAUUAACUUCACAUACCAUACAUCCCCAUGCACGUGUAUGCACAUGUGCACCCAACAGGCACAUAAUCAGUUUUCAGAAAAAUAUUGUGCUUUCCUUUUGGAACAGGGUCUAAAAUCUCGAUUUCAUAUUGCUUGUUUUUUGUAUGAUUGUUUUGCUAAAGCACCAGAUUAAAACUUGAUACUUUUAAUUGUAAAACAGAAAUAGAUUAUCACGGUUUUGAUGUGUUCAUACUGUCAUACCUCUAGCAAGUGUCACUAUGAGGAAGUCAAUGGCAGACUCUUUUCAAAAAGCUAUGAAUAAUAAAUAUGUAAAUCUUAUCCUUUUGAUCUAAUGUACAUUUUUAUGCAGCUGUCAAAUUCUCUAUUUAAUCCCUUGAUUUCUCUAAAUGUUUUUACUCUCUGUUUGAAUGCUGGGCAUAGUUUGUAAUGUAUGUACACAAUGGUAUUUUUUUCUAUCGAUGUUGACUCUUUUGCACAUUUUUUGAAAAUGUUUAAUUUGUACACUGAUUUAAUACUCUGACCAACUGUUAUGGAGUGUAUGCAAAAAAUGUAUGUGUGCAAUGUACUACUGUCUGGAAUGUAUGAGGAUUUUUCUAAUUCAGUGUAAAUGUAUGUCAACUUCUGGCUUUAUCUUGGUUGAGGAACUCAGGACAUUAGCGUUGCUUACUAGUUCCCCAUUAUAGAUCUAAUCCAGCAACUUGGUUGCAUCUAGCAGCUUUGUCUCUCUCUCUCUUUCACACACAUGCAUGCACACCCACAUGCACACAAAUGGAAUUACUUGUUAACAGGGAUUUCCCAGCUCACUUCAUACUGUUGGAACACACCAGUCAAAUAUUGGCAAUAGAUUGUAACAUAAUUGGUUUAAAGUAGCAAUUAACUGAGUUUUCUCUUUCCUGUCUUUAAUGUAAGUCUUUUCACAUUCAGUUUUGAGUAUUUGACCAUUAUUUGACUGGAAAUUUGGCCAAAUGCCAAACUGUUUCACCUAUGUGUAAGGAGAGUGCAUGCAAACUUUUCAGAAGUAUGGAGCGACUAAGGAAACACUGCUUACAUGAAACUUCAUGCACUCAUCAAAGCCUCUGUAGUCUUUGGAUUGUGGCAAUGGUGUCUAACUUUUCAAAUAUAAGGUAUAUAAAAAUACCUUCUAUGUACUGUGUUUUCUCUUUCUGAUAGACUUACUCCACAGAUUCAUUUCUACAUUUUUAAAUAAUUCUUUUUUUAAAGGUACUGCGUUUAGUUAGAUAAAUAUAUAAAAGCUUUGAGAGAUAAUUUACUAGAUAAAUAUAUUUUCAGCUGGCUGAUGUUCAGAAAAUAUUUUUUUAAUUUUUGUUUUUAACCAUUCAAAAUGUAUUUGUAUUUCCAGAAUUGGACAUGAAUUGUAUAUUAAAACACUCUGGCUGGACAAUGGUUUGGUUUGCCUUGUAAGGAUUGUAUCUCUCUCUCUCUCUCUGUUUUUUAAAAAACAAACCUGAAAAGUGUUUCCUUGAUACAGAGAAUAGUAGUACUGUUCUGCAAAGCUGAAAGCAAUCUUUGAAUUUAUAGCUGCUUGAGAAAAUUGAGACACGUAACCAGUCUUAGAAAAGUCAGAUGAUGUUUUUAUUGCCUGUUCCCUUUUGUUAAAAAUGAAUGUUAUGUCUCCCUCUUGAUCUUAAAUCUUUCCUCGUUUUCUGGUACUGGGAAAAUUGAAGGUACUGGCAGAAUACCAAUUAAUGUUUAAAUUUAAGUUGACAGCCUAGUUUGAAAGAAACUUUGUAUUGUGAUUAAGACGUACCAACUAAAAGGUUGGGUAAAUAGAGCACUGGGGAUAUCAAGAAUCAACAUAGAACUGGUAUUUUUUUUUUAAGAGUGUACUAAUGGCCUGGUAUGGUGUGGUUUGUUCCAUUGUUCAUGCACAUUAGGACUUUGUUAUAGUGCUUGUACAAAAUGUAUAAUUUUUAAUUUUUUUAAAAAAAACUAUGUAUUUAUCCAUUAUUUUCUUGCUGGUAAAUGGCUUUUUAUUUUAUUUUGGGGUCUUUAUCAGAUAUAAAGUAAGCCAUGUUUUAUUAUCUUGUGUUUGACCAAAUGACUUUGUUUUAUGAAAUGUGUAUAUUGCUGGUACACAUCUUCGUUCAGAACGAUUGUGCAUGAGGACCUGCAAGAAUUAAUACAAGAAAGAUUUUUUUUCCUUCCAUGUUAUUUCAUUCUGGAAAGGUAUGGUGCAAAGGUAUACUGGAUGUAACCUUAUGAGCUUAUGGAAUGACUAUAGAUAAUGGCACUUUUAAGUGUUAAUAAAACAAAUAUUUAUUUCCAA